AUGUUGUCUUUUAGGAUCAGUCGUGAUUCUGCCGAGUGGUUUAUAGUAGGUCCAUGGGGGAGAGUCUUGAAUGCCAAUACCGAGGCAGGGUUCCAACGGUGUUGGCGAGACUUGCAAAAUGGUCAUUGGGGUACAAACGAAAAGUUGAUGGACUACCUCAGAAGUGAGUGGAUACCAUGCGCGAAAAGGUGGGCUCAUUGCUACACCAAUUGUGUCUUCCAUAUUGGUAACACAAGCACAAAUAGGGUAGAGUCAAUGCAUUCCUCUUUGAAGAAAUGGCUUGCCACUUCGACCCACAAGAUCGAUACACUCUUCCUUAGAUUUCAUACAUCCGUCGAGGGAAGAGUGAUUGAAUUGAAGAAGGACUUAGAGGCAUCACUUUCCAAGGUAUUUGCAUUAGCCUAUGGACCGCCAUAUGGAAACUUGAAUAAGGAAGUAAGUUUGUGGGCGAUUGAGUUGAUGAUGGAAGAACGAGGAAGGGAAAUCGUUCGGCGAUGUGGAUGUGGGCUACAUGAGACACAUGGUCUACCAUGUAAAUGUAAGAUGGAUGAAUAUAGUGUUGCCGGCGUAGAGUUGUAUCCCUACCACUUGCAUCGAUUCUAG